AUGUCUGCUGUUGCCCAUCACCUGGUCCGUCGAGGGAUGGACGCCACGUCCGGCUACCUAUCACCAACUUCAAACGACGACAAUGAAGAGCGACGCAAACUAUCAGUCUGGGCCAUACUGGUGUUCUCUGUGACUGCUAUAGUGUUCGGCCUUAUUUCUUUCGCCAUUCAAUAUACCUAUGGCACGGUCGUUGCAACAUUGGCUGUGGUGGAAGAUCCCCAUCCGGAUAUUUAUGAGCGCAUCAGGGACAGUCCCGAUGACUCCAGUAAAACAACAAACGCAGUUCGCCCUGGUCCCGAUGUCGCUCUUGAACGCCUGUUCCCUGUCACCAGCACCCUGCGCUCCGCCAUCCUCCAUCUUCGUGCCCGUGCCGGUCCCUGGUCCCGCUUCCGAGGGUUGGGAAUCUACAUGUGCUUGGUGAUUAGCCGUUCGAUCCUUUCCCAAUUCUUUACCUUUGGCCGUGGUAACGACCUAAGCCAUCCCCUACAUUCCUUCGGCGUAUUGCCGCCGAAGUGGUUUCCGCCCCUCUGGCGCUUGCCUGGGUCCACAUUCAGCUGGGUGAAGAUUGCUCCCGCUGUUGCCCUUCAGUCGGUGGCUUCGCAACUCACCUUUAUCUUACCUGCCCAUCUAGCGAUGAGAAGCCGAGUAUGGAGUGUGAACGAGGGCAAUCCACUCUCAGACCCAGAAUUCGACCUCCGCGCCGAGGUUGCUAUAGCCAUCGGCUCUUUUCUCCUCGCCAUAUGUCUGACACUCCUUAUUGAGCUUCCAGCCACCGUGACCAUGAUCCGAGUCGCGGCAUCUAUUCUCCCUGAUCAAGAGGAGACCAUUGUGCCCUUCGAUCGCACUUUUGGUGGAAAGGUUCAGCCGGCUAUCUUGGGAGGUAGCGGCAAGAUUGGCCUGUUGGAUGCCUGGAAGACCUUCACCUGGCCAUCGCGUGUCCGUCUCCUCAAGGUUCUAGUGAAAACCUUCGCCAUGAUGGUCCCAGUCACGGUUGCCUGCGCUAUCGUCAUUGCUGGCGAAGCUAGUCUUAUGAAGGAGAAGAUGUUUGUGCAGGCGUAG